AUGUCAACUCACUCAAAUCAUCCUUUUCAUUUAGUAGAUUAUAGUCCUUGACCUUUAACAGGAGCAAUUGGAACAAUAACAACAGUAACAGGUCUAGUACAAUGAUUUCAUCAAUAUAAUUUUAACUUAUUUAUUUUAGGAAAUAUUAUCAUUUUAAUAACUAUGAUACGACAUAUUUCGCGAGAAGGAACAUUUCAAGGACUUCAUACUUUUUCUGUAACUUUAGGUUUACGAUGAGGAAUAAUUUUAUUUAUUGUAUCAGAAUUUUUUUUCAUUUCCUUUUUUCAUAGAAGUUUAUCACCAACUAUUGAACUUGGAAUAAAUUGACCCCCUAUAGGAAUUUUUCCUUUUAAGCCUUUUCAUAUUCCUCUUUUAAAUACAGCAAUUUUAUUAACCUCUGGUGUAACUGUAACAUGAGCUCAUCAUAGUUUAAUAGAAAAUAAUCACACACGAACUAUUCAAAGUUUAUUUUUUACAAUUUUAUUAGGAAUUUAUUUUUCUAUUCUUCAAGGAUAUGAAUACAUUGAAUCCCCUUUCACUAUUGCAGAUAGAAUUUAUGGAUCAACAUUUUUUAUAGCAACUGGAUUUCAUGGAUUACAUGUAUUAAUCGGAACAACUUUUUUAAUAGUAUGUUUUUUCCGUCAUUUAAAUAAUCACUUUUCUAAUAAACAUCAUUUUGGAUUUGAAGUAGCCGCAUGAUACUGACAUUUUGUUGAUGUAGUAUGAUUAUUUUUAUAUAUUUCUAUUUAUUGA